AUGUGUCGAAUAAGGCGAUGGAUAGAUAUCGUCAUAUUCUUUGACUCCGGACGUCGGGGAAAGCUGAGAAGGAGCCAAGAUCCCCGCGCAGUUGGAGACGGUGAGAUUGGGGAUUUAGCAUUUAGGUCCGACUAUAUAUCUGUCAUAGAUGAUAUGGAAAAUGGUAGAGGUCGAGAGACUUCGAGACUAUCAGACCAGAUAUCGGAAGUGCAAUUCCUGGGCCAAAUCAGCAUUGUACAAAAAUUUCUUUUACACAACGAUCAGCAGCAAGCUUCAGAAAUCGCCAUUGGGUGUCUGCGCAUCGCUACUAGUACACAGACGAAUAGGGUUAUCGGUCGGAAGAUUGGGAGACCUGGAAGCAGCGCCUCCAAUCUUCUCGUCGAUAAGAAGGAUGACAAAAACGAUAGAAGAAGGGAUACCAGAGCCUGGACGAUAAACGCAGCCAGAGGCUGCUGUCCAUAA